CGAAAUUUUCAGACAGCUCUGUAUUUAUAAUUACAAAUUACCGAUGAUGUCGGAUCUUCAUUUUUACUACAUGGACGCAAGUGCACCGUCUCGCGGUGCCUGGACUGUGAUAGAAUUGUUGGGAUUGAAAUACACCGAACAUAUUAUUAAUUUAAUAAAAGAAGAACACAAAACUGAGUCUUACGCAAAAAUCAAUCCCAGACAAAAAGUUCCGGCUCUGGUUGACGGAGAUCUCCACCUAUCUGAGAGUCGAGCGCUUGCUACCUAUCUGGUGAGUAAAUACGGAACGCAAUGUGGAAAACAACAACUCUAUCCAAUCGAUGUCAAGCAGAGAGCAUUGGUUGACAAACAUCUUUACAUAAGCGUGGAUGUAAUGGAUAUUGUCCAGAGUUAUGUGAAUGUCGCUGGGGUUGUGUUGUAUGGAGGUCAAAUGCAUCCAGAAAACUUAGGUGAGGUUGAAAAAGUUUUUGCCAUGGUUGAAUCAUUUUUGGCUGGAGUAACCUACAUGGCAGCAGAUCAUUUAACAUUGGCGGAUAUUUUCUACUACGUUCCAAUUCAACUGUUAACUUUGACUGAAUUCGACGACUGGCAAAAUUAUCCAAACAUCAUGGAGUGGAGAAAAAAAGUAGAAGCGAUUCCGUGCUAUGAUAAAACAUUGGGCUCUCCUGUUGCGAACUUACGAGUUGCAUAUCAGAAAGCUCUGGAAGAAAACCCAAAGAAGAAACAAUAGUUCAAAUAACAAAUAUAGUAUAGCAUUCAUUUGAAAAUAACAAGUGUAUUUUGCGCAGCAUUUUUUUCGUUUUAAAACACUUUCAUCUAAAUAAGGUUUUUCACUAGGGCGACCAUGACAUUGUUGAUAUUCUGUGUAAUAAUAAUUUCGAUAACUGAGAAAUGUUUGAAUUAGUGUGAAUGUGCGUUUUGGGCACUCCAGUAGUAUGUGUACCAAGGGUUAGGUCAUAAUUUUAUUCCGAUUUCCCUUAUUUUAGUUCUAUUACGAGUUCGGGAACUGUCUGUGUCAGCCAAGUGAAUACACCCCCUGCCCACAGGCUUCCGUUCCUUUACAAAACUAAAUUAACAGCAAAUAAACAGUUUAGAUUCAGACAGUUGUCUUACAGAAUUUGUAAUUUUGAAGGUAUUUUUAUCUUGUCGUUGUCGUGAAAUCAAUGUGGUUUAGAUUUAGUUAUUAGAACAUAUACUUUGAUAGAGCCGUAGUGGUUGUUGUCCUUUUUUGUUAUUUAUUCAAGACAAAUUUUACAGUUUGAAGAUAUUUCUAACUCAUAAUCUUACGAAAAUUAUAAUUUCGAAUACAUUGAGGAUUUUCUAACAUGCUUUAUAUUAUGAGCAUAUUAGGGUUGCCAUACCGUCCGGAAAAUUCCGGACAUGUCCGGAAUUUAGGGUUGAAUUUUUUGUCCGGGGAGAGUUUAAAAAAUGCUUAAAUGUCCGGAAUCCGGAAUUUUACUGCAUCUGCAAUCGUACUGCGCACACUGCUAACAAAGAACAUUGUUAUUUCGCACCGUGCGCAUAUUUUUGACUACGAGGUCAUGAAAAUAGUCAUGAACUGUCCGGAAUUUUGUUUUUUUCAAAUAUGGUGACCCUAAUAUAGAAGUAUAUUUAAUUAGUAUUAUAUUGGGAUAAAAUUUAGCGUUCUUAUGAACAUUAUUUCAUUCUAUCAGAUUGUAACAUAUGUUAAUAUUUUUCAAUUCUCGACACUCGAGUAUGCUUGUCAUCUACUUUUCACGAGUUGAUUUGUUUAAACGUCUUCGUGCGCUUAUGCCUUGAGGGUUUAAAUACAAGUAAAGCCUAAUAUUAUGAUCAAAUAGGCGAAAAGUAAUAAAAAAUUGCAGU